CUCGCAUUCGCACCCUAGAAACCAAUUUCAAUUCACUCCCAUACUCAGGCGGCCCAUACACCCGUUUGCACAUGACCGCCCGCUCCCACACGUAGUCCACCGCUCGGCGGCCACCUCUAGCACGAGCCUACCUCAAUCCACCCCGGCUCCUGCGUACAUCGCGUUCGCCAUGGCAGAAGUCAGUCGCAAACGCCCGCUGGACGGCGACGGCGCCGGCCCCGGCCCCGGCGCACCUCGCAAGAAGCUGCGGCCCGCGGAGCUGCCUCUUUCUCAAGCACAGCGAACGGCCAUGGACAACCUGGCGCAUACCUUCCGCAAGAAGGGCCACUAUGACAGCAUCCGCAAGGACUUGCUGGCGCAGUUCGAAGCCAGUGUAUGUGGACAUGAUGCUACACGCUAGCGAUGCACACUUCUCUAAUUCAUAUUCACAGCCCGCCAAAGCUGACCUUCUGACCGCCCUCGAGGAGCUCGUAGACCGCGAGACCGACCGCAAUCCCUCC